UCCGGAGGAGUUUCAGAGAAAGUCUGGGCAGAAGCUAGAGGCGACCGAUCGUGGGAAGGGGAGGCGGAAAGGCCAGAAGAAGGAGGGCCAGAGCCCGGGCUGCACCUCCCCGAACCCGCCGCGCGCCCCCGGGUGGGGGAGGAGCGCAGGGGACUGGACAGAGGGGGUCCCUCCCCUCAGCAGAGCCGCCCAGCGCCUCGUCCCUGCGCCUAUCUCCGCCCUCGUCGGAGGCUGGAGUGCAGACCCACCCUCCCGACGCCCGGCGACGCCCCGCGCCUCGCCGCCGGUCCUCGGGCUCCCUAGGCGGAUCGAGACCAGCUCCCGCGUCCGCUGCCACCGGGACGCCGCACGCUUUCCCGGGCACCCUCCUCAGAGGAGGGGAAAGAAGAUCGCGCCCCGUUCACUGAAAGCGCCAGCGGGCGGAGCGGAGCGGACACCGAGCGCGGGCAUUGUGUGUACGCGUGCAGCGUGGGGUCCGCAGCAGGGAGCGCUCGCGGGAGGUCCUGUCCCCAACGGGCGGAGCGCUGGGCGUUGAGCUCCGGGUCCCGGCCGAGUCCUAGCCAAGCCCGACCGCUGUCGAGGCGGUCCCGCCGAGCCUCGCGGCCAGGAGGGUGCACUGAAAGAAGGCCGGCGAGCUCUGGUCCCCGCUGCUCCACUCGGAUUCCGCUUCGGCCCGCGGAUCUGCAGAAGAGAGAGGCUCGAGAGCCGACCCAGGGCGCACGGGACCUGACCACCCCGUCGAGGGAAGCUGCGAGGACCUCUUGGCUAUACGUGCCCGCCGUGUCCCGAGCGCGUCCACUGUGUCCACUGACCCCUCCGGUGCCUGGCCCUCGAGCCCUCACGGCGUGCACCAUGAGCGGCGGCGAAGUGGUCUGCUCGGGAUGGCUCCGCAAGUCCCCUCCGGAGAAGAAGUUGAAGCGUUAUGCAUGGAAGAGAAGGUGGUUUGUGUUACGCAGUGGCCGUCUGACUGGAGACCCCGAUGUCCUGGAGUAUUACAAAAACGACCACGCCAAGAAACCUAUCCGGAUUAUUGAUUUAAACUUGUGUCAGCAAGUUGAUGCUGGGCUGACGUUCAACAAGAAGGAGUUUGAAAACAGCUACAUCUUUGAUAUCAACACCAUUGACCGGAUUUUCUACUUGGUGGCAGACAGUGAGGAGGACAUGAACAAGUGGGUUCGUUGUAUCUGUGACAUCUGUGGCUUCAAUCCCACAGAAGAAGAUCCCGUGAAGCCCCUUGGCAGCUCCUCGCAAGCACCAGUUGAGUCACCUUUCCCUCUGAAUACAGCACCAGCCUCCGCCCAGCUGGAAGCCUCUUCCUCAGCAGCACUACCUCCUUCUUACCAGCUCAUCAGCCUCCCGCCACACCCAGACACUCUAGGACUCCAGGAUGACCCCCAGGACUACCUCUUGUUGAUCAACUGUCAGAGCAAGAAGCCUGAACCCACCAGAACCCACGCUGACUCUGCAAAGCCAACCCCUUCCGAGACAGACUGCAAUGACAACGUCCCUUCCCAUAAGACCCCUGCUUCCUCCCAGAGCAAACACGGAAUGAACGGCUUUUUUCAGCAGCAAAUGCUGUAUGACUGCCCGCCAUCCCGAGCUCCAUCCGUCUCUGUAGACUCCAGCCUCUAUAACCUGCCCAGAAGUUAUUCCCAUGACGUGUUACCAAAGGAGUCUCCGUCAAGCACUGAAGCAGACGGAGAGCUGUACGUCUUUAAUACCCUGUCUGGGGCUUCGAGUGUGGAAGCUCAGAUGAGACACGUAUCUAUCAGUUAUGACAUUCCGCCCACACCUGGGAACACUUACCAGAUUCCACGGACAUUUCCAGAAGGCACCUUGGGACAGUCAUCAAAGCUGGACGCCAUUCCUGAUAUCCCCCCACCUCGGCCACCAAAGCCACUUCUAGCUCACGACCGGUCUCCUGUGGAAACGUGUGGCGCCCCACGCACAGCUUCAGACACUGACAGCAGUUACUGUAUUCCUGCAGCGGGCUUGCCACCAUCCCGAAGUAAUGCCAUUUCCACCGUGGAUUUGAACAAGCUACGGAAAGAUGCUGUUUCUCAAGACUGCUAUGAUAUUCCACGAACCUUUCCAAGUGAUAGAUCUAGUUCCCUGGAAGGCUUCCAUAGCCAGUCUAAAAGCAAAACUGUGUUGACAGUGGGUGGUGUCUCAGGCGAAGAGCCGGAUGAAAACUAUGUCCCCAUGAACCCCAACUCGCCACCACGACAAUCCAGCAGCUUUACAGAGCCAACUCAGGAACCAAAUUACGUGCCAAUGACCCCUGGGACCUUCGACUUUUCUUCAUUUGGGAUGCAAGUCCCUCCUCCCGCUCAUUUGGGCUUCAGGUCCAGCCCAAAGACCCCUCCCAGGAGGCCAGUUCCUGUUGCUGACUGUGAACCACCCCCAGUGGAUAGGAACCUCAAGCCGGACAGAAAAGGUCAGAGUCCUAAAAUUUUAAGACCCAAACCCCAUGGUUUAGAGCGAACUGAUUCACAAACCAUAGCUGACUUUGCUACAAGAAGAAAGGCCAAGCCAGCACCUCUGGAAAUAAAGCCACUGCCAGAGUGGGAAGAACUGCAAGCCCCAGUCAGAUCCCCCAUCACCAGGAGCUUCGCUCGGGACUCCUCUAGAUUCCCCUUGUCCCCUCGGCCGGAUUCUGUGCACAGCACGACGUCCAGCAGCGACUCUCACGACAGUGAGGAGAACUACGUCCCCAUGAACCCAAACCUGUCCAGCGAAGAUUCCAAUCUCUUUGGCAGUAACAGCCUUGAUGGAGGGAGCAGCCCCAUGGUCAAGCCCAAAGGAGAUAAACAAGUUGAAUACCUAGAUCUAGACCUAGAUUCUGGGAAAUCCACGCCACCACGGAAGCAAAAGAGCAGUGGAUCGGGCAGCAGCAUGGCCGACGAGAGGGUGGAUUACGUUGUGGUGGACCAACAGAAGACUCUGGCUCUGAAGAGCACCCGGGAAGCCUGGACGGAUGGCAGGCAGUCGACAGAAUCGGAAACUCCCACCAAAAGUGUGAAGUGAAGAUACACCAUUGCCAGUGCCGAACAAGUGGGAACUGAGGAGAAGACAGAUGCCAAGCGGAGAACGCGAUGCUUCUACUCUCAGAAGCUCAAGUAAGCAAGGAUGGAGAAAAGAACCUCUCAGAUGUGGUCAAGCAAAUUAGAUUGUAAAUGGUGCUGUGUGGUAUUGGAUUUGUAACGUAAAUAAUGUGGGGGAAAUAGCGUUGUAGUUCUCACAGAAACAUCUGUCCCUAGCUAACAUGCCUGUAGUAUUACUAUAGUGAUGCACUUUUUCAUUGACCAUGUUGGUUUGGGUCUUCCUGAUGUACCCUAACAGAUUCCCUUCUUCCCGACGUACCCUAGCAGAUUCCUUUGGGUCUUCCCAACGUACCCUAACAGAUUCCCUUGGGUCUUCCCAACGUACCCUAACAGAUUCCCUUGGGUCUUCCUGACGUACCCUAACAGAUUCCCUUCUUCCCAACGUACCCUAACAGAUUCCCUUGGGUCUUCCCGACAUACCCUAACAGAUUCCCUUGGGUCUUCCCGACGUACCCUAACAGAUUCCCUUGGGUCUUCCAGACGUACCCUAACAGAUUCCCUUGGGUCUUCCAGACGUACCCUAACAGAUUCCCUUGGGUCUUCCAGACGUACCCUAGCAGAUUCCCUCGGGAGUUCCCGAUGCACCCUAGCAGGUUCCCUCGGGAGUUCCCGAUGCACCCUAGCAGGUUCCCUCGGGAGUUCCCGAUGCACCCUAGCAGGUUCCCUCGGGAGUUCCUUUUGUCUUCUCACACUACUCUAUGUAACAAUACUAAGUGAAAUGGGCUACUUUUAGUUCUGGAAAUUUCAGUUGAAGCUACAGGCUAACACCAUUAAAAUGAGAAGUAGUUCACAAAUUUGCUUUCCCGUAAAGGUGGUAACCAUGAGCUUAAACUGUAGAAUAUAGUUGGACUCCCCCUUUGUUGGUUUCCAAAAUACCAGGGAUAAUGUAUAUACUGUUGUCAAGACCUAGUUCUUUGGCUCAUGUAUUCCUAGGUUUUAAUAGUAUAACUUGGUUGGUUUUUGUUAAUUGGUGUCUUGGGUUCAUUGUGUGAAGGGUUCUGCUGGGUAGGACCUUGCACCUUUGCCAGACUGGCUCCGGUUACACUCUUAGGCCCACAAAUUACCUGCAGAUGGACUGGUGGUCUGCUCUCAACCCUUGUUCACAUAGAUUAAACAUUAUUUGCAAAAGGUGGAUUCUGUGGCUAAUCAGGUACGUACAGAUCACUGCCGUGCCAAUAUCCUGAUCAGGUUUAGACAGAGAGCUCCAGUUAGGUUUGGGUUAAUCCUAAUAUUGGUUUAGAAUUAAUGAAAUGUUCGCAUUCACUGUCAGUUACAGCACCAUACUGUGAUUUUGAAUUAAGUAGACAGUAAUUCAAUAUUAUUACUCUUGAGAAUGAAAUCCUCUCUUUUGACACCAUAGUGCCCUUUCUAUAAUUUUUUUACUUAAUAUUCUUCUUGGCCUUAUACUUAAAUCCCUAUGCAAUUAAUGUUUUAUAUCUGUGUUUAAAAAAAAUGUCAUUUUAAGUGAUCCUUGUAAGUAGCACCUAUUGCCUUGGUGAGUAGAUGAAUUAAGGAUUUUGUACUGUGAUUUGUAUUUACUGCCCCAGUUCUCAAACCAUCGAAGCCUUGCUGUUGUGUGAAUCCCUGUCAUGGUGAAUACCGCCCAGCUGGAUCUCUGAACCCAGCAAGGGAAUGGUGUGAUUCUGUCACCUGUAACAUGGCGUCGCGUGGUGUGGAUGUUCAGACCAUGAAUUGCUGUCACUGUAAUUGGACUUGUCUGUCUUGGCUUUGCUGUGUGACUUGGAAAGCAGCUAGCAUUGUCCCUUGUCUGCCCAAGUUACAUACAAUCUCUAUGCAUUGAUCUGAGACUCACUGAUGGCUUGGGGAGGGGACACAGAACAGAAUGUCCACAUCUGAGGCUUGUCUCCCUCCGUUCAGACCUCUUAACUGUUGCCUGCGUACACAAUGUGCCCUGAUUUCUGGCCCACUGGCCACAGUACUGUGCCUGAUCCAUGUGCUGUGCUUGUGUUCCCAGGCCACAAACCAAGUGUUCAUAACUAGGUGAACUGUAGACUAGUAACAUUGGAUGCUUUUAAAUGUUUGCUCCUUUUUAAACAAAAACUAAAACCCAGAACUGAAUUUUGAGAUGGAUUU